GAAUAUUUUGUAUAUUGUGCGCACCCUGUGAGGAUGCGCGGGCGCAUAAAACCGCGAUGCAAUGUCGCCACGGGACAAUCACACGCACGCCGCCUCGCGAAACACAAAAUGCGGUUAUUACUAGCAUCGCUUGCAGUCCUGACUGCGUUCUCUACAGCUGCGGCGGAACAAGGCCGUAUAGUAUGCUACUUCAGUAACUGGGCGGUGUACCGACCGGGUAUUGGCAGGUAUGGUAUAGAUGACAUCCCAGUUGACCUGUGCACCCACAUCAUCUACUCCUUCAUUGGAGUUACUGAGAAUACCCAUGAGGUGCUGGUUAUAGAUCCAGAGCUCGACAUAGACAGGGGAGGUUUUCGUAAUUUCACCUCGUUGCGUAAAACACAUCCAAAUGUCAAGUUCAUGGUUGCCGUGGGGGGGUGGGCAGAGGGGGGCUCCAAGUAUUCCCGGAUGGUGGCGCAAAAAUCCUCCCGGAUGGCCUUCAUCAGAAGUGUUGUUGACUUCCUAAAGAAAUACGAAUUUGAUGGUCUUGACCUUGACUGGGAGUACCCUGGAGCAGCAGACCGAGGUGGGUCAUUCUCCGACAAGGAUAAGUUCCUAUACUUCGUCCAGGAGUUGAAAAGAGCUUUCAUCAGAGCCGGUAAGGGUUGGGAGAUGACUGCCGCCGUGCCAUUGGCUAACUUUAGACUUAUGGAGGGGUAUCACGUUCCUGAAUUAUGCGACCUCCUAGACGCUAUACACGUGAUGUCAUACGAUCUUCGCGGUAACUGGGCUGGAUUCGCUGAUUUGCAUUCGCCCUUGUACAAGCGUCCUCACGACCAGUGGGCUUAUGAAAAACUUAACGUGAACGACGGUCUAAACCUCUGGGAGGAAAAGGGAUGCCCUUCAAACAAAUUGGUUGUCGGUAUUCCCUUCUACGGGCGGUCUUUUACCCUCUCAGCUGGAAACAAUAAUUAUAACCCCGGAACUUACAUAAACAAGGAAGCGGGUGGUGGAAAUCCAGCUCCAUACACCAAUGCAACUGGCUUCUGGGCUUAUUAUGAGAUUUGUAUGGACGUGGACAAACCCGACUCGGAAUGGACCAAAAAAUGGGAUGAGCACGGCAUGUGUCCCUACGCAUACAAAGGCACUCAAUGGGUCGGAUAUGAGGAUCCUCGUAGUGUUGAGAUCAAGUUGAACUGGAUUAAGCAGAAGGGCUACUUAGGAGCGAUGACCUGGGCCAUAGAUAUGGAUGAUUUCCAAGGUAUCUGUGGGGAGAAGAACCCGCUAUCCAAACGAUUGCACCAAUUCAUGUCAAAAUAUACCGUGCCACCGCCGAGACAAGGCAAUACUACUCCAACUCCUGAGUGGGCCAGACCACCUUCAACACCAUCAGACCCUUCAGAAGGAGAACCCAUCCCCACCACCACUAGAGCUACCACCCAAGCUAGCAGUAUUACCACCACACAAGGCACCACCUCUACUACCGCUACUAGCGAAGUAGCUGAAGAACCUCAAAAACCUGUUCUGGAUGUUGAGCAACCACCAGCGGAGAAUGAAGUGGAUAGCCCCGAGAUCUGCAGAUCUUCUGAAGAUUACGUAGCGGACAAAAGCCGGUGCGAUAAGUACUGGCGUUGCGUGAACGGCGAAGGCAUGCAGUUCACAUGUCAAUCAGGGACUGUCUUCAACACAGCGUUGAAUGUAUGUGAUUGGCCUGAUAACGUCGAUCGUAGCGAAUGCAAAUAGUCUUCAUGUUUAAUAUAAAAGACUUUAUUCGAUGUACACUGAUACAAUCUAAGUUAAAUAGAUCGCGUGGUAAGCGUGCUGGGAAGAAAAAUGUUAAUUUCUUGACCGGAAUAAAAAAUCGUAUAUCAGUCUAAUAAUUUUGAUGGAUAUUAUUAUUUUAUUCACAAGUCUUAUUGCAGUAUUUUAAUAUAUGUACUUUCGUCUUUUUCUGCCAAAUUGUGUUUACGAUGUAAUAAAAAGUGAUAGAUGAGUACUUUAGUCAAAACAAUGCAAUAUGAUUUAUUUUUAUAAUUAUAUAUCAGCUUGAGGUAAGUUAAUUUCUUAAAGAAAUUCUAUGUUCAAAGUUUAAAAAAAAUCGUUUCAAAUUAAUUUUUAACACAAAAAUAUUGUCCCAGAUGCUGUAUUACAAUAUUCCCUAACUGUUCUUUAAAUCUUUAGACUCGAUAAUCUCUUAAAUAACAAAGCCCGGUUUAACAAAGUUUUACCACUUCAGACGUUCAUAGUACAUUGAAUAAAUAGUCCUUUUAAUCGACGUAGAUUAGUGAUUAGACUUUAAAGAGAAGUAGAGAUUCAUAACAAGUAUAUAUAAUUUGUGUAGAUAAAGCGUAAUUUGAUCGUUUAAUUGCACUUUAAAAGCGAACGGGGGGCCUCAUAGCCUAGCGGUCUUAUUAAGUGGCAGCUAGGUGAGGGGUACCGGGUUCGAUUCCCGGUUCGAGGGCAAGUUUUAAAUUAAUUUAAAUUUGUUCUCGGCCUUUGG